AUGUCGGGACUGCGCAUCCAGAUAAAUUACAUCGACUAUGUAAUGGCUCCUCCGGGGCCGCUGGACUGGUCCAAGGUGCCUGAAACGGUAUCUUGCGAAUGCGACUACAAAGAUCUACACCGGGUUCCAGUGCUGCGGAUAUUUGGAGGCACCUCGGACGGUCUUUCGUCUUGCGCACAUGUGCACAACGUCUUCCAAUACUUUUACAUACCCUACACCGGUCCUUCCUUAAGUCCGGCGGAUUCGGAGCCGUUCAUAGCAGACAUGUAUCGCCGAAUCAACCUGCAACUCCGUUCCAAGAGGACACGUGGCGAGAAGUUACCCGAGGAGUGUAGUUUUCUGGCCAACAUUGUGCUAUGCAAAGCUACACCAUUCUACGGAUACCAUGAGGGAUGGAGAUACUACCUGAAGAUCGUGGUGGUGGACCCUAGUCAUGUUGGAAUGCUGGUGGACAUGUUCAGGAACGGUGUGUUUGGAUGGGACCACUCGCGUGUGUUUGAGAGCCACUUGUCUUACAUUUUGCAAUUCUUUUGCGACUACAAUUUGCAUGGUUGUGGAUGGAUGGAGGCGUCCAGGUACAUGAUGAGAAGGGAAGGUAUGAUCUCCAAGUCGGAGUUUGAGGUUGACUUGCAGGCCGAAUACAUCUUAAACCGACUGGUGAUUUCGACCAACAAGAAGCCAGGGGACAAGGCGUUCCAUUCACUGAAAGAGCUGUGGACGAGCUUACAGAGCAUUAGAGACAAGUUCAGCAAAGGCGAGUACAAGAGUGACUAUGGAGAAAGGACUGUAAAUGACCCGCGGGAGCAGUGGUUUUCAGCCCAGUCCAUGUUCUCGGAGUUGGAGGAGAAGGUGAGCAAGGCAGACUCGGCCCAUUCAUACGUGCAGUUCUGGCCCAAAAGGCCAUACGACAAUCUCGUUCCCACAGCGUUUGAAACGACAAAAUGCAUGUUCAAGGGAGAGGGUGCCUCAGAAGUGGACAGUUUUGUGUUUGAUGUGUCCUUUGACGAUCUUCCUUCCAUGUCCCAGGAAAAGAGAAGCAGUGCAACAAGAAAACACAGUUCCACUCCUCCCCCAUCAACCAGGAAACAAAAGGGACUCAACUUCAAGGUGACCAAACCCAAGUUUGAUGUUCCAAAUACUGCAAAGACGAGUACUGCUGUUGCUACUGCUACUUUAACUACAACAGUCUACACUUUCAAGCCACCUCCAUCGCGUGGACUGUGUAUUACCGAUUUAGACGACAACAACAUGGCACAGAAAGUCUACCCAAAGCCGCACUACUCACGUGAUUCAGACGUCCCCACAAAAACAAUGACACACGGAGGCGUCACUUUUCGAAUUCUGGGGUCUUCCGUAAAGUAUCUACCAACGGGAUUCCCCGAAAAGCCCUCAAACUAUGCUCUUAAGGGCGUUGUUGAGCUGGCAAAGUCUCCUCCAUCGCGUGAUGACGUACUCAAGUGGAUAGGAAAGACUACCAACAAUGCUGAUCUGUUUCUGUCCCAGAUAGCGCCUCCUACCCAGAAGCCCAAGUACUCUUUCCCCAGUCAAAACACACUCUCCCAGCGACACGAGUCGGCUGCUUUAACGGUCAUGAGCAUGGAGGUUCAUGUGAACACUCGAAAAGGUCUCAAUCCAGACCCAGAUCUUGACCCAAUCCUGUUCGUUGUCUGGCACAUGUUGGGUGGUCCCAGUGGAGUGAUUAUCAACGCCGAGGAUUGCCCAGACUUCACAAACAUCAUCGAAGCACCUUCCACUGUCGUCAAAACAGAGUGUGAAAUGAUCACUCAUCUUCAGAAAAUGGUGGAGAACUUUGAUCCUGACAUUCUGACUGGCUUUGAAGUCCAAGCUUCUUCCUGGGGCUAUGUUCAAGACCGUUGCAAGACCAUGUUGUACCCAUGUGAAUUUGGAAGGGUUCAGCAUCAUAAGAUGAGCUCGAAAAUUGACACUUGGGGCGCACGAAAGGCUUCUGGAGUCAAAGUAGUUGGCCGUCAUGUGCUCAACUUGUGGCGUAUGAUUCGUGGGGAGGUUUCUUUGUUGAAAUACACGCUUGAGAAUGUCGUCUUCCACGUUCUACACGAACGCAUUCCCUUCUACACACACGAUACGCUCACAGAAAUGUGUGUGGGCAGUCUGUCUGACCGGAAAUUACUUGUGGAGUACAAAUGCACGCGGUCCAAUUACAAUCUGCAGCUCUUGAGCACUCUGGAGAUUGUUUCACGAACAGCUGAGCAGGCUCGAGUGGUGGGAAUCGACUUUUCGUCCGUCUACACCCGCGGCAGUCAGUACAAAGUCGAGUCGUUUCUUGCUCGCCUGACAAAAAGUGAGAACUUCAUGCUGGCAAGCCCCAGUAGAGAACAGGUUGGUCAGCAGAAUGCCCUGGAGUGCAUUGCUUUGGUAAUGGAGCCCGAAUCUCGACUUUAUACGAGCCCCGUUCUUGUUCUGGACUUUCAGUCUCUUUAUCCUUCCGUCAUCUUAGCCCACAAUUACUGCUACUCCACCUGUUUGGGCAAAUGGACUGAUUUUGAAAAGGACGGAAACACUUUGGGAACGGAGAAACUGUUCUACAAGCCGUCUUUGGUAAAACGGUUGCUGACUAAAGACGAUGUGACCAUCUCUCCAAAUGGCCUGGUGUUUGUGAAACCCCAUAUUCGAGUUUCUCUGUUAGCUCGAAUGCUGGGUGAGAUUCUGGAGACCAGAUUCAUGGUCAAGGAUACUGCCAAGCUCGAUAGAGACAAUGUGUCGUUCCAGAGACUCAACCAUAACCGACAGCUUGCUCUGAAGCUCGUGGCCAACGUCACAUAUGGAUACACUUCUGCCUCCUUCUCUGGACGUAUGCCCUGUGCCGAAAUCGCUGACGCAAUAGUUCAAAGUGGACGUGAGACGCUCGAAAAGUGCAUUGACGUGAUCCAUGGAUCGGACAAAUGGGCAGCCAAGGUCGUCUACGGCGAUACAGACUCGUUGUUUGUAUGUCUACCUGGUCGUACCAAGGAUGAAGCAUUCAAGAUUGGUACUGAGAUCGCUGAUACCAUAACAUCUGCCAAUCCAGCACCCAUGAAAUUGCAGUUUGAAAAGGUCUAUCUUCCUUGCAUGCUCAUAUCCAAGAAGCGAUACGUGGGCUACAAGUGGGAGUACUCGAAGCAGAUGUAUCCCAUUUUCGACGCCAAGGGAAUCGAAACUGUGCGACGAGACGGCACCCCUGCUGCCCAGAAGAUUGAGGAGAAGGCUCUUCGUAUCUUGUUUGACACUGCUGAUUUAUCUCUGGUCAAAUCGUACCUCUACGAGCAGUGGACGAAGAUUCUAACUGGUAAGGUCUCGAUUCAGGACUUUUGUUUUGCCAAGGAAGUCAAGUUAGGCCAGUACAAGGAAGGGGGAGUGUUGCCCGCGGGUGCGAAGAUCUCGGCUGAGAAAAUGGCAGUCGACAUGCGCUUUGAACCCCAGUACAAGGAACGUAUCCCAUAUGUGGUUGUUGCUGGUCCUCCCAAAAGUCGGCUGAUUGACCGAUGUGUUUCUCCUGAAGAACUAGUCAGGAACGCCAACUCUCUCAUUCUCGACGCCGACUACUACAUUCACAAGACUCUGAUUCCCCCUCUGGAUCGGUUCUUUAACUGUGUGGGUGCUUCUGUUCUCAAGUGGUACGAGGAGAUGCCCAAGAAGCGGCGGUACGAGUUUUACCAGACUGUUUCUCGAGCAAAGACCAACCAAACCACGCUCAAGUCGUACGCUGUGUCCAACUCGUGCAUCGUCUGCAAGACUGCCCAGACGUCUGGCUUGUCUAAACUUUGCGCCACGUGCGAGAGUGAUCCUGGUCAUGCAACAUUCGUGCUUAACUCCGAUCUGAGGUACAGGGAGAAGCGGCUGGAUGAGCUCAACACAAUCUGCGCGCAGUGCUCAGGCGACUUUGAGACUAGGUGCGAGUCUCAGGACUGUCCUAUUUACUACUCACGGGUCAAGGCAGUGAGUAAGGCGGAAGAUGCAAGUGAGAGGCUAGUGGAGUGGACUGAGGGGCUGGAGUGGUGA